AGGGGGCGGGGCUUCCGGGCUCCUAUGAGAGUGAGCAGAGAGAGCAAAGGUCCCUGUCUGCAGUCGAGCCUCAUCUCAGCUGUUCCUCUCAUGACCCCGACUGCUUCAUGGAAACUCAACCUUCGGAUCGAGGAAUCAGCAAACUACUUUUUUUUGUUUUGCAAAUGUUUGUAAUCUUUGUCUGAGGAUUUACUGAGUUAUUCAGCCGGCUGGGCUAGUGUGCGGAGACGUGUCGCCUUGUGGAUUUGUUUGUCUCUCUGCAGGGACAUGGGAUGGACUCAGCUGCUCAGGGUGCUGCUGUGUGCUGCGACCUGUCUGCUCUGUGCUGCUGCUCCACCUGCUGCAGACUGUGAGGGAGACGAGUGUAUCAGAGGCCAGACCCCUCCAUCAUCUCCCUUGUCUGCAUCACCAUCUUCUUCUGUGGUGGUCAAAUCCCAGCAGCCCCCCCAGGAGUUCCUGGGUCAGUUUACCCAGGUGAGCUCCCCAAACAGCGGGGACCGUAAACACCGCGACGCCAGCGCCGUGCUACCCUUCAUCGGCCUCACAGGAAGCGCUGAGCAGAGCCGCAGCUGCUGUAAAAACGGAGGGACCUGCAUCCUGGGCAGCUUCUGCGCCUGCCCCCCCUUCUUCACCGGGAGGAGCUGCGAGUACGACCAGCGCAUCAGGAGCUGCGGGGCCAUCCCUCACGGGGAGUGGGUUCAGAAGGGCUGCUCGUACUGUCGCUGUGGUUACGGCGCUCUGCACUGCUUCCCCCACGUCUUCCACAAAGACUGCGAUGACUCUCAGGAGGUGCAGUGGUAUCGCUCUUCGUCCUGCAGGGGCCUUGCACCCCCGCUCUCUCUGCUGCUCCCCCCCCUCCUGCUCCUCUUAUGGACUCUUUAGUGGAAGCUGAAUCACUGAAAUGGACUAUGCAGUAUUUCUCAAACUGCCUCCUGCCUCAGAACUAAAUAUCAGUUUACAAACCCAGGGUUUUAUAAGCUAAAAAAAGAUGUGUUGUACUUUGUCCAAACGCUGCUGUGGUUGAGGAGUAGAACACAUUUUGAAGGCUGGGAAGUUGUUUCUUCAGUGACAUUCUUCGGCAAAGUGAAACAGAUCUUCUGGAUGUGAGGAUGUGCAGUUGUGUUGGGGGUCCGGACAUACAGGAAGCCCCCACCCCUCUGAACAACGAGCCUCUGGUGACUGCAGGUUGAAGGGAACCACUGAACCAACGUGAACACUUUACACACCUCAACAUUCACAGAUGAGUCAAUCAAAACCUUGUCUAUGAACUCAUUCCACAUGCUGCUGCUCACGUCUCAAAUGCCUUAACGGGUGUACAUGUUUCUUAAAAUGGAUAAAUCUACUGCAGAUUCAUAUAUUUUCAGAAUUUAAAAAGAAAUCCAAUGAUUAAAACAGGUAUUAACGCUAAGUCUCUAAAAGCCUCUAAGGCAGUGUGUCUGAAGAACAGUGUUUAUCGGAGGCCAGCUGUACAUACGAUUUUUGUAAUUCUACGCUCUGUAGUUUUAUGUAUAAAGGCAACGUUUGUUUUUUUACUUAGUUUCUUCUGUCUGUGUGCCAAACUGUGAGCUGGAGACAUAUUGUUAUUUGCAUAAAACAUGUCAAGUAAUCUUUUAGUUGCAACCGUCUCUAGAAAAUCUCAUAUCAACACAAUUAAAACACAUGUGACACUGUGA